GUGUUUGCGAGAGAGAGAGAGAGAGAAAGAGAGAAGAUGGGAGGAAUUCCGGAGGUGGCAUUGAGCUCUGGAGGCCGAGCAAUGCCGGUCGUCGGCAUGGGCACGGCCUCGUCCCUGGCGGUGUCGGAGGAGGUGUUCCGGUCGGUGAUACUGGAGGCGAUUGGCCUCGGCUACCGCCACUUUGACACGGCGUCGUUCUACGGCACCGAGCAGGGCCUCGGCAAGGCCAUCGCCGAAGCCAUCCAGCUGGGCCUUGUCAAGAGGGAGGAGCUCUUCAUCACGUCCAAGUUGUGGGGCACCGACGCCUACGGCGACCGUGUCGUCCCAGCCCUCCGGGAGUCGUUGAGGAACCUUCAAUUAGAUUAUCUUGACCUCUAUCUGGUGCAUUGGCCUUUGAGUCUGAAACCAGGAGGAUCUAGGUAUCCAAUUGACAAAGACGACAUCUUCCCAAUUGAUCUAAAGUCUGUUUGGGAGGCAAUGGAGGAAUGCCAGAGGCUAGGCCUUGCAAAGUCAAUUGGAGUGAGCAAUUUUUCUUGCAAGAAAUUAGAGGAUGUUCUCUCGGUGGCCACGAUACCUCCUGCCGUCAAUCAGGUGGAAAUGCAUCCCGUUUGGCAACAAAAGAAGUUGAUGGAUUUUUGCAAGGACAAGGGAAUCCAGGUCUGUGCUUACUCACCACUAGGGGCAAAUGGAGCACGAUGGGGGACAAAGAAAGUCAUGGAAAGUGAUGUGCUAAAGAAGAUCGCCCUGGCCAAAGGAAAAUCCACAGCUCAGGUCUCUUUGAGGUGGAUUUACGAGCAAGGUGCAGGUGUGGUUGUUAAAAGCUUUAGCAAGGAGAGAAUGAAGGAAAAUAUUGACAUAUUUGAUUGGGACAUAAGCAAAGAAGAGCUGCAUGAAAUUGGCCAAAUUCCACAAUAUAAGGGAUUACAAGCAGAAGAAUUUGUCUCUGCUAAUGGCCCUUUCAAGUCAGUAGAUGAGUUAUGGGAUGGUGAAAUUUAAUGAGAGAUUUCCCGAAAUACCUAUCAAGCAAAAGGAUUGCAAGCAUGUUAUACUCUAUGAUUUUAAAUUGUACCUUUGUUCAUCUGCUCUCUUGAAACCAUACGAAAGGUGUCUCUCAUAAUGUUGUGAUCCAUUGUAUUUGUUCAAAGAUAUUUCUUUUCUUUAUUUCAAAUAAAUGAAAGAUUUUUUUUUUCUAAAAA